CCACCAUUCUGCUUCCUGCAGUGCGAUCAUCAUAACAGUGCUACUAAUGCUCGCGGCAUGCUAUGCGCUCUGGUUGCAUACUACUUCCUCUCUGUCGGAGGCGACGACCAUGCUUUGCAUUGGAAGCAUCUCGAGAUCUGCCUGUUUCAAGCGCUUGAGUAUGUAGAUAACCGAGCGGAAUAUCAGCAGUGGCGAAAAGAGCAGCUUGACAGCUCUGCAAGGGCCUUGGAUGCUGAAGCGGAAGCGAUCGUGGGAGAUGAUGAUAGGCCAGCCAAUAUCAAGGGUGGAACUGUCCGCUCACUAGGCAGCUCGAUCAAGGUCAAACCCGGAACUACCUUAGCCCAGCUUAUGGGGGCUCUAGGAAGAAGGGCCCAGCUCUUGGACGAGAUUCCAGAUACGCCAAUCACAAUCUCACCCCAGACCAUAUACCCAUCCUAUUUCCCCUUUCGUCUCCAUUUGGGAACCUACAGUCCUCUUGACGCAGUUCGACCCCCGGUAGUCAAUGUAUACGUGUACUUCACGCAGAACGGCACGAUUCGAAUCCAUGGCCACGGAACAGAUAGCAAAGUGUUUUCGUGGAAAUUGAACAGGCUCCAGGACGUGCAGCUCUUCGCACCAUUUGCACCUUUUAUACGUGUAACAAACCUUGAACCGCUAACGCAAGGGAACAAAAUUCGGAACCUGAUCUAUUAUUAUUUCAUGCUCGCAGAGAACGAGGGCUUCAUCGGCGCCCUGCAGUUGAAAGUAUAUCAAGGUCUAGUCCAGAGCCUCUGCUCAGCCUGCAAUACCUUACAGAUGGAAGGACAUAAUUUGCAUUUGAGAGGACUGCAAGGUUCAGGUGGUAGUUCUGAUGGCUUCGCUCGUGAUAUGGCCAGUGGUGGUGUCUCUGAAGAGAUAUACCCGGAGCUCAACAUCCCCACGACGAACAAAAAAUCUCUCAUUGCAAAGCUUAGGCUCAAUCCAGUAGCACUCGCUGAGAUCGCGGGAGAUACUACUGCUAGUCAGCGGGCAGACCUCCCAGGCAGCGAAACCGGUCAAGUCGCAAUGUUGGUGGAUGAUUCAGAGCAAGGAGAGGAGGAUACAAACCCGGAAUUCCCAGCCAUCCUUUUCGGCGAGUCGGUAGAACCCCCACGGGCAGUUCCACACAACAACCCCAACCCCGACAUGGCUCUCGGCUCUGAUUCCACCGAUCUAGGCCACAAGAAAAAGUCAGAAACACUAUGCAGCGACAAUGGAUUCGAUUCCUCUUCCGCAUCGCCCUUUAUGCCGUUGACGAGUGAAAUAAGUGUCCCCAUACCAAAUCAUAGUUACAUCACCACUGGUGAAGUGGGUGCUAGCACAAUGUCCAUCCAUACUCUAGACAGUGAGACGACACACGAGAAGAGUGGACAAGCGUCGCGCCAACGAUUGAAUAGUCUAGUUACGAGAACACCCUCCGAUCGACGCAGAGCUGUAUCGGUUAUCAGUAUCAGGUCGGUCAGCAGCAUCAGUAGCUGCAAUGAUAGCGAGUACCGACCUGUCAACGAACAGACUGACCACAACGCCCUGCGCCCGGCUUUGAACACGUCUAUACGCCAGCCUCCGAUGUUCCAAGCUCAUGUCGUGGACGUUAUCGAUCUUUGUAGUGAUGAUGACGAUGACCCUGUUUUCAUGGGAUCAGCGAAGCGUGAAGGGCAGGAAACAUCAGACGCACAAGCAUUUCUGCAUGUCUCUCGCCCGAGGGAUGGUUCCGGCAGCGAUCGCUCGAACAAGGUGCCACCGCCUGGUACUAAACGAAAAGUAGCCUUUUUGAGUGGUGUCGAGGAAGAUGGAAUGGUUGAGGAGAUAGGUGGAGAUGAGUGGAGGAGAGCUUCCUGGAGUCGUUCACAGACGAAGAGAUCCGGGCCACACAGUUGAAAGGGCUUUUGAUAGUAAUUAGGCAUCUAAUUGUAUGGGCGUGUGCAAGAUUAAGCUGAAAGCCUAGGCCUGGGGUUUAAUACGGACAUAAUAUGCGUAUCUAGUACAACUGUAGGAUAGGGAAUUGGGGCAUCGGAGAAAAUUGCGUGGAAAUGCAUCAAUGUUACAUGACGUUACGUUGCCCUUUGCCCAUUGCAGUCCUCUGGCGCAACCUUGGAAGAUUAACGAUGGUUUCCGAGUCCUCCUAUUCCCUUGCACCUAGUAUGCCUUCACUCGCUAUGUUCACUGCGCUAGUCGCGCUAGUUGCAUCCUCUACAAUAGAGAAACCUUUUCAAAUGUAAUAAAACCAC